GGAUGGCCCCAGAUUGAACUUGCCAUGGAGCUGCGACCAACCACCACGAUCCCAUAUUCUGACUCCCAGCAUUCAUCUCCCUUGAGACCCGUCCCCAACCGUCAAGCACACCAUGUCCAAAGACAGAGACAGCAGCCCCAGCUACCAUGACCGUCAGGAGCUCGGUUUCGCGGGAAUCUCGAACUCAUUCUCCUCGUCAAGCGAGGCGCCAAUGCAGAGCCCGUCCUCCCAUGCCACGGAGGUGCCGAGGCACGGAGAGACAAGCGCAGGUGAUCAACAGAAGGCAGUACGGUCAGAUUCCAAAGCCCUGGCAACCUGGAGAGAGCGCUCACCGAGCCCGGCUCCGAGGCAACUCCGUCAGAUCGCCGAAGAGGUCGGCAGGAGCCAGAAACUCCUUCAGGAGCAUAGGCAGAGACAGGAGGUGGCAAGCAUCUGGAAAAGCAAAUACGAAGCUGUAUUGGCCUCUGCAGAACAGAAGGAAGCCGAGAUCGCCAGGUUGAUGAAACAGCUCAACUCUGCGACCACUGCUGCCGAUGAACUCAGGUCUCUACUCCGCGAGGAGAUACAAAAGAACUGGGAGUUGCAGUACGACCUACAAGAUGCAGAGUCGGAAGUCCGAGCUCUGAGAGAGCAACUCAUGAAUAGCAUUCCCGUGAGGUUCCAGGGCGGAUCAGGGGAUGAGGAUAAUGAUAACGACGUAGAAGCCGGUUUGCUCGGGGGCCUUCCUUGGGAGAAGUACGAAAGUUCGAGAAUCACCGACUUGAAGGAAGAGCUAAGGCGUGUGAAGCGGGAUGUUGCUAUAGGUACGUCGUCGCAGUGAGGUUGCGAUGGACUGGGGAGGGAAACUGUGGUCUUCGAACCUCUGUGGCUCUGAAUCCGAAGCCAACCUGAGAGCUGAGACAACGUUGGGCAUCCGGAUCAAAAGGCAUCAAAGCAGGGGCAAUCGACGACAGCGAUGGCGAAGAGGUGUUACUCGUGCAUAGUGCCUCAAAAUCCAAGACGAGACAACCGGGCUUUUCCUUGGAGCCAGAAGCCUACGUUGUCUGGGGCCACGUCUGCUACGCCGCAGCUUGUGACCAGAGAGGGACAGAGACUUCCAUGAUGCUACUCCAUGCCUGAUGUGAAGUUCAGGAUUCACCGAGCAAUUCAAGGCAUCAGUGUUGGGAGUCACAAAUCAGCAGAUCGCGACAACCCAUGUGGUGCUCCACGGAACCCAACGAGGGUGAGAUAAGAAUCAGCGAGCGGCUCUCUUGAAAGGGUAUGCCGCGGAGAACGCUGUCCCAGAUUCCUUGAUUAUGGGACUGAUAAUGCC